AUGGAGCGUGGGGCCCUGAGGCCACGUGGCGAUUUAACCACAGCUUCUUUAGGCCGUGUCUUUUACGGCCUUCGGCCUCGGCCUUCAAUACUGCGGUCGCGAGGCCGAGAGGAUUUUGCCUUUGAAGGCGAAAUGCUUGACGAAAUGGUAGGCGCCAGGGCCGCAGAGAAGUCCCUUCAAUCAGUUCAUGACCGUGAUUUAUUAGGCACAAACAGAGGUGCUUUCUCAAAGAAGGUGGCCGAGGUCUUUUCUUCAAAGGCCAUGGUGCAUUUUCAAAAAUGCGGCCUAAGUGCUUUCGCAAAAAGAGUGGCCGAGGUCUUUUCUUCAAAGGCUGUGGUGCCUUUUCAAAAAUGCAGCCGAUGUUUUUUCUUCAAAAGCCAUGGUGCCGUUUUCUUCAAAGGCCAUGGUGCCUUCUCAAAAAUAUGGUCAGGGGCUUCCCUUUGUAAAAGUAGCCGAGCGUUUCCUUGCAAAAGUGGCCGAAUGCUUCCUUCUCAAAAAGUUGGGCCGGGCACUCCUUAA